GUCCAAUAAACGGUGCUUAACUAUUUUAUACCACGAUAGAAUGUUAUCAAUCCGGAACAAAAUUGCAUGGAUGUCAGACAUGUUGUCCACCUUCAACAUAAAAUAGCCGCCAAAACCGGACUUGUCACUGCGCGACCAAAGUAUUGUGUUCAUUGGAAACCAAACCCGGAGGUAUAAAUACAAGGCAUACAUACUGAUAUUUCUGGUAUGUCGGACACAGAGUCAUCUGCAAGGAAUUCCGAUGAUUCAGAUGAAGAGGUAGAGGAAGACGAGGACGAGGAAGAAGAUGAUGAAGAAGAAGAAGAGUCCGAGGAGGUGGAGGAGGAGGACGAAGAAGAAGAAGAAGACAUCGACGAUGAAAACGCUGAUAGUGACACAAACGGUGAGAAUGAUGAAAACGAUGAAAACGAUGAUAGUGAUGAUAGUGAUGAUAGUGAUCAUGAUAAAAGUGACUCAGAAAGUGAUUCAGAGAAAACAUCAACUGAAAGUGAAUCAGACGACGAUUCUGAUGGUGACAAAAAGAAAAUGAGGGGACCAGCGGUUAAAACCAAAACAAAAACACAGCCUGAAGUCAUAUCAGAGAAAGAAGAAACAAAAGAGUUACAACAGAAAAACAAAUCAGACGACGAACAAGGAAGUGAAGAGGAAUUGAAAGGCCUAGAGCAAAAAAUCGAAACAGAAGACAGCAAAAAGAAAACCAAAAUACACCCACAACAUGUUGAAGAUAAAUCAGUCAAAAUAGACUCACCGGUGUUAAAACGAAAACGCGACGCGGACGAUGAUUUUACAAGUAAUUCUAAAAGAGACGAACAAAAAAGUAAUGAUACAGUAGAAGACCUAGCAGCAAAAACCGGAAAUAAAGAAAACAAAGAGGAAAUCAAAAUUAAGGCACAACAUGUUGAAUCAGUAAGAGAAGAAUCACUUGCGUUGCAACAGAAAAGCCAUUUACCUAAAGAUUCUAACGAUAAUGACAAUUCUAAAAGUGACCAACAAGAAAAUGGGAGGAAAGUGAUAGGCGAUGCGCCUCAAAUGGAAAAUAAAGAAAGCGAAAAGGAAACUGAAAUAAACGUGCAACCUGUUAAAUCAGUGAGAACAGUAUCACCAGAAUUACAACAGAAAAGCCACUCAGCCAAAGGUUCUAAAGGUAAUGACACUUUGAAAAGUGACAAACAAGAAAUGAAAGACAUAGCAGCUAAUACUGAAAGUAAAGAGAGUAAAGAUUCUAAAGGUAAUGACACUUUUAAAAGUGACAAACAAGAAAUGAAAGACAUAGCAGCUAAAACUGAAAGUAAAGAGAGCAAAAACAAAACCAAAAUAAUCGCGGCACAACCUGUUGAAGAUAAAUCAUUGAAAAAAGAAUUAUCAGAGUUACAACGGAUUAGCGACUCAUCCGACAAUUAUAAAAGUAACAAACAAGUGAUGGAAGUUAAAGUCCCAGCGGCUAAAACUGAAAUAAAUGAAAGCAAAAAAGAAACUAAAAUAAAUACACAACCUGUUGAAGCUGAAUCAGUACGAAAACAAUCCUCCGACCAAGCAAAUAAAGCAUUACCUACUGAGAAAAAGGAAGCAAAGAGGGAAGAUUUUUCGCAAACUACAGGAGUCCCAGGCACAUACGUUCAGGUCGACAGGUGUGAUGUUAUAUCAACAAGACGAGUGGGAACACAAACAAAACUGAAACAUUAUAAUGUAUGCACAUUUACUAGUGGGCUGAUAAAAAAGGUAAAUAUGCAAACGUAUACAUCAGGCCUGAUUUCAAAAUCCGACCACAGCACAAAUACUAUUCAAGAAAGAAGGAAAGACAAGAAGACUCAAACCAAAGAUAAAAACGUACUAGAGAGACACCUCAUAGUCAAAGAUAACGAUUCAUCGGAGAAAAAGACAACAGAUAGUAAAGACACAACUAAAAAAUCAGAUGAAAAUGAAAAUGAAACAUCCGUUCAAUUAAAACGUAGAAAAGUAAAAGUCCCAUUAUUAAAAUUAUCACCCGAAGAAGAAUCAAAUUCAGCCAACUCGACCGAAAGUACGGAGGAUAGACCGCCACAGCCUGAUUCACUCUCAAAGAAAGCAAAAGACAUAAAAAGCAUUCAAAAACUUCAAAAAACACCCAUUGAAUCAUCUGGAGUAUACACCGAUAAGGAAUAUGAUAAAAAGACCAGAAAGGAAAAGGAAAACAUUCGUAGAAGGGGGCGGAGAAGACCACAGUUAUGCAAUUUUUCAAAACGUCAUCCAUCGAGAGAAUAUAUACCAAAACCCUCCAAGAAUAAAACAUUACAUUUCCGACGUCCAACCUCAGCAGGCCCUGUUUAUAAAAGGGAAUUGAUAAACCCCAUACAUCGUCCAGGAGACUCAAAGAAUAAAAUAUUACUUGUUCGCCCAAACUCAGCAGGUCCAGUUCAUAAAAGGCAGUCUAAACAACCAGAAGGAACUGCUUUAUCUAUGGCCCAAUACAGAAUGUUAUACCACCACCGCUGGGCAGACAUUUCAUGCUGAAUAUCUCAGUUUUAAAUGAUAUAUGCACUGAGCUCUAAUAUAUGUGAAGUAUUGAUGUAUUGGUUAUUGGAAUUUGAUCUGCGGCAGACGAAAAAUACUCAGAAACAAAUUUCUUUUUUGUAAUAGAAAAGCGAAACUAUAUAAAUAAUAUGAGUUAUAAAAUAAAACUAUUUACAAGACGUUUUGAAUGUCAUUGUAUUGUCGAAAUGCAACAAAAAGGGUUUA